AUGCUUGACAAUCCGGCACCACCCUCAACUGUUGCCUGUUUUCGCGCUUUUAUUAGCAUUAUAAGUCAGUCGAACGAAUUAACCAGCUGUUUUAAUCCAUGGGUCAUUACACCUACUGUGCCUUAUGACGAACUUGAAACCUCGCUCAAUGUCAAUCCUGUCAUCACCACAGUGGCAUAUGCUAUUCUUGAGCCGCUGAUCACCAAGGGACUUCUACAUUUGGCAGUACCGCCAUGGACUCUCUUGCUAGGAUUCUCGCCAUUCCACAUCAUGUGGUCGUUGAAUAUGAUGAUCAUUUAUACGGGAUUGUAUCGUACAGCACAAUCAUCAAUGCGUACGUCUUUGGGAUAUGAGAAGCCUCCUUCAGUUGAGAGAGGGCGGUCGAAUGAAAGAGAUUUUUACCAGCUCUACGCUGCCGGGACGUUCGUACUUCCAGUGAUCUCAUCAGCAACCAUCAAUGCAACACUGUUGCUGUUCUCCCAGAGCCUCUAUGAAGAAUCUCUGAUUAAACAACCACGAAUGUUACUUCUGGCUUUCGGCGCUAUUCUCACCUAUCUUGGUUGCCGCUUUGGCGACUAUGUGAUAUGCAAAGAAACUCGCCGAGGACGAUCCUUAAGCCAGGCCAUAUUUUACCAACUUAUGUUGUCUGCUAUCAGAGGUUAUGUGAGGAUUCUCGUGGGUUUUCCACCUUUCAUGGCUUUUCAGAUACCAGAUACAAUAGAGAUCGAGCAAAGAUUUGGGUCAGAGCGAUAUCAAUGGAUCAAGGAAAUCAGCCAGCGUUACCCGUUUAAAUACUCGUGGGUCCUGGCUCUAGUUUCUGUUCCUUUGGGAUUGCUUGGCCAAUAUCUUAUGCGUACUGGAAUGGAAGAGAGAGCAACGUGA